AUGGUGAAAGAGGGAGAGAGGGAAGGCCUUGCUAAUCCGACAUAUUUGAAAUGGAUUUUAGAGGCCAUUGGGAAAGUGAAAUGUCAGAAACAGCGACCUAGUUUGGAUCGAAUCUGUCAUGCAAUUCAGCAAUAUCACAAAGUUACUAAAGAUUCCAUUGAAGAACAGCUAAAUCUUGCUAUCAAGGAUGGUACUGUUUUACAAGUCUACAACAAAGGUUUGGUCUCGUACAAAGAUGCAGAUGCAAACGCACACCUUAAACCAAGGGUUUUACAUGUUGAUAAAUCAACAGACUUGUGCAAAAUUAUUAUCAGGUCUAUCCGAGCAAUGGGUGAGGCUGAUGGGUCGUCCUUGUCAAAGAUCGAAAAGAACAUUCAAAACAGUUACACUGUGGAACUGCACGAUGGGAUUGAAUUGAUGCACCAGUUGAAGGAUUCUGUGAAGAAGGGAGAAACAUCAGGAUUAUUAGUCAAAGAUGGACGCACCAUCAAGCUUGGAGAGAAAAGUCAGGAGUCUGACUCGGCAGGAAGCAGUAGUCACUCCGGAUCUUUUGAUGAGGACUCUGGAAGUGACCUCUCAUUUUCCUUUGAGCAGAAUUUGAAAUGUGCCAAACCUAUUCCAAUCUGCUGUUUCUGCUUGGGGGAUGAGAACAAGAACCGCAAUAAUGAAUAUGAGGAUCUCAUUUCCUGUGCUGACUGUGGAAACAGUGGUCACCCAUCUUGUCUGAAGUUUUCUGCAGAGUUGACAGAAGUGGUGAAAGCUCUUAGAUGGCAGUGUAUUGACUGUAAAAAAUGUUCCUUUUGUCAAAAAUCUGGAAGGGAGGAUAACAUGCUUUUCUGUGAUUGCUGUGACCGUGGUUUUCAUAUGGGUUGUUGUGAUCCACCACUUAACAAAGCCCCAAAAGGCAAAUGGAAGUGCAACAUAUGCGACCCCAACCGAGGCAGCAAAAAGGGGAAACGUUAUUUGGAACUGGCAGCUAAAAUGAAAAAGAAAUUCAGCAAAACGGUGACAACAAAGGGUGUGCGAACCCCAAAAGAGAAACCCCCAGUUGCAAAAUGUGCAACCCCAGGCUGUGAUGGAGCUGGUAAUGUGAACGGUAAAUCAGCGGUCCAUCGGACGCAAAUAUUUUGUCCACUGUUGACGCCACAGCAAAGACGAAUCUUCCGCAUACAGAAAAAAUUUGGGGUCAAGAAUGGCAUACAUGGAAGCCACUCUGGCUCUGAGUCGGAGGACGAGUCCUCAUCUGGUAAAGUAGCAUCUACUAAACAAACAAAGGACGACAGUUCUUCAUCUCCCGGUGAUCAGUCAGAGAGCGAUGAGGAGACUAGCACCUUUGAGCCGUUUUUUGCCUUGACCAAACCCAAGGGCUUAGUCGAUGGCUUGUCACGGUUUUUCACGCCAUCAAACAAAAGAACUUCUAGGGUGUCUUUGAAUUCUGGUGACUUUACAGCGCUGUCCAAUAAAGCCUGUUCUAUAAACAAUGGUGUAAAACAAUCACAAAGCAACUCACAGCAGGCUGCCAGUAGGAUACUUAAACGCUCUAGGUUGUUACAGGCUGCCAAAAGGCACAAAUACACGGGGCCUCCGGGCAGUGGGCAACUGAAGGGGUUAUUUGACGGACUGUCCCAUUUGUUUACAGCUCAAGGGGAAAGGAAAAAAUUGGUUCCAGAUUAUGCUCCAGUAGCAAGAGGUCGACGACGAAUGAAGAUAUCUGAUUAUUUCAACAAGUGUAGUCCUAUUUAUAGUAACGAUAAUAACAAUAUCACUAACAUUCUAGAAAAGCCAGCAGCGAGAUCAUGCUCUCCCUCUUCCUCUUCCUCUGUUGACUCUUUGGAAGGGCAAACCCAGCCUGCUAUAUUAGUUGAACCGUCCAAUGACUUUCCUCUGGUUAUACCAGAGCUCCCUGUGGCCCGUGGACGAGGAGCAGGCCGAGGUAGGGGGCGUGGUCGAGGUAGGGCUAGGGGUAGUAGUACACUUAAUUCAAUGCGGGGGAGAGGGCAGAGUAGAGGGCGACCCUUUGUUAAACGAGGGAGGCCUUUCGGCAGAGGGAGACCAUUUAGCACUAGAGGCAGGCCCUUUAGUCGUGGUAGGCCCUUCAGUAAGAGGGGGCAAUCAUUUAGUAAAGAACAGUCUUUUAAUCGUGGGAGACCUUACAGUGCAGGUAGACCAUUUAGUCGAGGUAGACCAUUUAGUCGAGGUAGACCCUUUAGUCGUGGAAGACCUUUCAGUGAAGGCAGGCCAUUCAGCAGAGGAAGGCCAUUUUCACGAGGAAGAGUAAAACUUGGGAGACCAUUCAGCAAGAACCUUCCCCCAGGUCGAGGAAUGAGUGCUGGCAGAGGAGUGGGUCGUGGCGUAGGUCGAGGAAUGGGUAGAGGUAAAGGGAGAGGUGUUGGGAGAGGAAUGGGACGAGGUGCAAAGAAGGAACUAAUGAACAGUUUGUUUGAGUCCAAGGUCCUGUCAUUAUCUUCAUCACCAGUGGUAGGCAGACCUGCCAGAGGUGCACAUUCCAAACUUACAUCGUCGCCAAUUGUCCAGUCACCAAUGACACAUACACCAAGGGGUCGGGGGCGGGGGAGGGGUGGCAGUCACGGUAUCCCCGUCCCCCCGGCCUCUUCAUCAGAGAGCGAAGAUGACGAUGAUGACGAUGAUGAUGAUGAUGAUGAUGACAGCAGUAAAGAUGAUGAUGAUGAUGAUGAGGACUCUGUUAUCCUUUCUGGUGGAUUAGGACACAGGGAUGACGAGAAAAUGGAGCUUGAUAACAACGGACUUCCACCACAUGUCACAGAUGAUGAUGUGGAUCUAUUUAAACUUGCGCAAGAAAAAGCGCAGGAAGCACUCAACCAGGAUGCAGCGAGCAACUGCAGCAGUGAGAUUUCAGAGGCUCCCGCCCCUACACCAGUUCAGAGCCGUUUUCCACCCUGUAUUGAAUUUGGAAAAUAUGAAAUACAGACAUGGUACUCGUCACCCUACCCACAGGAAUAUGCCAGGCUGCCAAGACUGUACAUCUGUGAAUACUGUUUGAAGUACAUGAAGAGCAGAAACAUUCUACAGCGACAUAUGAAUAAGUGUGACCUGCACCAUCCACCAGCCAAUGAGAUCUACCGUAGAGAUGGAAUAUCGGUGUUUGAAGUUGAUGGUAACGCCAGCAAGAUCUACUGUCAAAAUCUGUGCCUUCUCGCCAAACUCUUCCUUGACCAUAAAACUCUUUACUAUGAUGUUGAACCCUUUUUAUUUUAUGUUGUUACAACAAAUGAUGAGCUGGGCUGUCAUGUCAUCGGAUACUUCUCUAAGGAAAAACACUGUCAACAGAAGUACAAUGUGUCGUGUAUAAUGACGAUGCCUCAGUAUCAACGCAAGGGCUAUGGCCGCUUCCUCAUUGACUUUAGUUACUUGUUGUCAAGGAUUGAGGGACAGCCAGGCUCUCCAGAGAAACCACUCUCAGAUCUUGGUAAAGUCAGUUACCAAGCAUACUGGAAGAGCAUCAUCCUUGAAUACCUUCACAAGUAUCCGGACACAAAAGUCUCAAUUAAAUCUAUUAGCCGUACAACGGGUGUGUGUCCUCACGAUGUAGGGCAGACCUUACAUCAGCUAAAUAUGGUGGCUCACAAAGAUAGCAAAAUUGUGAUAGCAGUCAACAAACAGUUGGUCAAGGAGCAUAUGGAACGGUUGGAGGCCAAGCGUCACCAGCGAAUAGAGUUAGACCCCGAUAGUCUGCGAUGGACACCCCUCAUAUCUAGUCAUUGUAUAAAUGAGGAGGAGCGUCGUGCUGAGACAGAGUUAAGAGAAAUGUCAAAAAUGGUAAACACCAUUGCUGAAGACCGAGAGUGGAUGCAAUCUGUUAGUCCCAGAAAAUGUGAAACAUCAUCACCGAAAAAGAGAGACUCUCCAUACAAAUUAGAAAUUAGUCCCAGGAGAAUGGAGCUCUCACCUCGUAAAAGUAUAGACAACCCUGUGAAAAUUCCUGAGGGUGGAACACCAUUCUCAAGUCGUGAAUCAUCACCACAACCCUCCCCAAAAAAGGAAGAUGAUACCUCCCAGGAUGAAAGUGUAGAAACUUUAAUUGAACAAUCUGUGGACAAAAAGGACCAUAAGCUUAAGCGGAAAGAUGAUAGUCCAAGCGAUGACAGUCCUGCCCCGAAGAGAAGGCCUGGUCGACCGCCAGCGAAGAAACGCAAACUACCCGACUCUGAGAACGAAAACAACAGCUCCAGUAAUAAGAAGUCUCGUCGAGAGAGUGGUCGAGGUGACAGACAAACAGAUGGUAUGGAUGCGACAAGCUUGUCUGAUAAUGCUAUGGAUUUCUCAUCUUUAUCCUCUGGCUCUUACAAGAGCCACAUGCCACGGGAGAAAAUGAAUGGUCAAACAGAUAGCCAUCUCGAGUCUGUGCCAGAGGAAGAUGAGGAAGUCCCAACCCCAAAACAGCGUCGUUCACGCCAAGGUUGGCCUAAGGGUGUUCCACGUGGCUCACCAGUCAAGAAGGCCAAGAAAAGCAGGGGCAGGCCCCCAAAGUGUAAUUACCGCUCGCUGGCGGAUACGAAGGAUGACAGUACAGACAACUGUGGUGACACUGACAAUGAUGUGGAGGGAGCUGCCUGCAAGGGAGAUAACUGUGCUAGUGGACGAAUAGUGGAUCCAGUGGAAAAGGACAGUUCAAAGGAAGCGACAACGAAAGAGUUACAGUUGAAAGAGUCCAAUGAGGCUUGUAACAUGUCCUCCACGGAGGAAGCUGUCAGUCAUAUUCUGUCAGAGCCAGAGGACCUACCAACUAAAUUGUUUGAUGUCGCCAAUGAUAAUGACUGUGAUAACAGUAAUAGGGAAAAGAUUCUCAAGUCUGCUGACAACAAGAACGAUUCUGUUGAGGUUUCUGAUGAUGACAGUGAUAGUGCGGAGAACAGUCGUGAAAUUGAGGAGGCGGUUCAUGCUCUCCAGGAGGCGGAGCAAAAUCAGGAACCUGAUGAGACAGAAAAUGACUCUGGAGAGGAGGGUAAUAACGAUAGCCCAGGGGAUGUGGAGAUGAAGGCAGAUAGUCCUGAACAGGAACGUGAACAUAUGACACCUGAUCCUCUCCCAGUUCACGAACCAAGUCCUGCUCCACAGCCAGCUAUGACAGACUGUGUGUCUGACACAAACAGUGAUGUGCCUGCCCCUCUCACCCCCCAGGUCCCAACUCCACCCCCUGUGGUAGAGGGACUUACGCCAGAGUGUAGCUCACCAGUGGAGGAGCAGACAACACCAACAUCCAUCCCUCGUGUAGAGGCUCUACCUGAGCCUAAACCUGUAGACACAACACCUCAGAAACCUCCAACAUUGAUGGAGACUGAUGAUGUAGACUCGGCGUUAGAAGAUGAAAAUUCAUCUGACGAUGACAUUCCAAGUGAUGACAAUUAUCCUGGACAAUACUGUGAUUCUCCUGUGAGAGAAACUCUUAACACUUCACAAAACUUUCAGGAAACUUUUACUGAGGAAUUGCGUGCAAACUUUGAUCGUGGUCCAGCUAGUAACAUGUCUGGUCAUGCAAGUAAUAUGUCUGGACCAGCUAGUAACAUGUCUGUGACAGGACCAGCCAGUAACAUGUCUGUGACAGGGCCAGCUAGUAACAUGUCUGUGACAGGGCCAGCUAGUAACAUGUCUGUGACAGGACCAGCCAGUAACAUGUCUGGUCCAGCUAGUAACUUGUCUUCAACAACUGAUCAAAUGGCGCAGAGAGACACUAUGAACAUGGGUUGUGUGGAAACUCCCCCAGCUGUGACUGUGUCUGCCCCUUCUGCCCCUCCCCCUGCCCCUACUCAGGCUCCCCCUGCCCAACCUCCAACCCCAGCCCAGCCCCCUGUCCCAACUCCAGCUCAACAGACACAUCCAAAUCAAAACUGUGGCAAUGUUCAGAGCAUUUAUCCAUCACAAAACAACCCCAUCAACAACAUUCCCAAUGCCAAUAUGGCUUCCAACAACUACGCAAAUGUAGACAUUGAUGUGGCUCAGCUGGGACUGGAGUCGCCCACUUCCAUCAGCAGUACAGAGAUGACAAAUCCGAACAUGGGUGGGGACCCAGUCGGGAAUUACUACGACUGUGCCCAGACACAGCAAAUGUAUAUAAACAACAUGAUGGCCAGUGGCCGCUACAUGGACAUGGUCAACUCACCACACCCGGUUAGCUGUUCAUCAAGUGCUGGUAGUAACUAUAUGCAGACUGGUCCAGCUAACACCAUGCCUAGUUACUGCCCACCACCACCUGUAUCCUCAUACGCAUCAGUGCUAUUGCAACAGAACAACACUCAUAGGCUUACUCACAACAACACGCCAUGUUCCGUCCCUGUGGGCCGUCAGUUUGCGGGCCAAAAUCCAGGACAAAAUCAAAACAAUUCAAGUUGUAGUAUUGCCAAACUACAACAGCUCACAAACGGGUUAGUUGACAUUAAUAUGCCCGAUAACACCAUGACUCCUCCUCCUAACCUCACUCCCCCGCCCCCAGUGAAUAUGACACCGCCCCCAUCAAUGAUCAGGAAUAUGGCGACCCCACCCAUCUCCAACCUGCAGGCUCAGAAUUCUUCGUCGCUUGUGCCUCAGUACAAACAGUACCAAAGACAACGAUCCUCAUCUUCGUCAGUGAGGAAAAGUCCCAAUGUGACUGUUAAUCCCAAUAUGCCCCCAUUUACUCCUAAUGUAACGAUUCGCCCGGGUUCCAACAUGAUCACAGGCUACAACAUGCUGGAUAGCUAUCGCAUGCGUCAGCCUAUGCUUAACCCAGGAUACAUUAAUCAUGCUGGCUUCAUUAACCAGCUCGGCCAGACACCACAGCUGCCCAUGCAAAUGUUAAACAUGAAUAUGAACAUGAACUCAGCAGCACACCAGCAAUUCCAGCAGCACAUGCAAGCACCACAGUCCAACAAUUCCUACCCAGCGUAUGGCUACAUGGCUGCACCUACGCUAAACAUGAAUGGAAUGAUGCGCAGGUAGCACCGACAAACUUGCAUUUUCCUAUAACAUAUCUCGUGCUGCAGAGUUCUUUGUUUUUGAUGGUUUCUCUUUUUUCUUCUUCUUUCUUUAUUUUUCCUGCAUGUUUUUACAAUUGAACUACAUCCAUUUUCACUACAACUCUAAAAGCAAAACAUAGAUGAAAGAUUAAAAUGAACACCAUAUGGAAAUUCAUCGACAGUUUUUACUUCAUACAUAACAGAAAAGAUUCCGAGAAAAAAAGGGAACCAUCAAAAAUAAAGUAGAUUUUCAGUAAUGUCUCAUCUUUUAUCUCAUGUGAUCACCUCUUUCCAUGCAAAUAUAGUAAUAUAAGUACUGCCUUUGUAAAUACUUUUCUUAAAGUUAUUUGUACAUUUUUGUUUGUAAGUCAUUAUUAUUAACACUGUUACAAGAUAUAUAUAUAGAUAUAUAUGUCAGAUUCAUCAUCGCUCUUUCACUGUAAUUUCCAUAGGACCAGAAUCCUGAUCUUCAUUGUAUGGGUUUCAUAAAUAUAGAUGUUAAUGAUAAGAAUUCUAUAUGUGGUGUUGGCAGAUUCUUGUUGUUUAUGCUAUCUGCUCAUCGUGCUCAAAUUUUUUAAGGAAAGUGUUUUUAAAAGUUGAAAAUGUCUUUCUAUUCUUUGAAUGGUUAACAAGUGAAAUUUUAAUAUUUUCCCCAUUGAAUUCCAUAUAUUGACUUGUCUAUUUCUGAAUGGGGAUAUUUUGGUAAAAUCUCAGGGAAUAUUGUGGUUUUUGAGUUGGAAAUUCUGUGGCUUUUUAGAAGUCUGGACUACUGUGAAUUUUCCGAGUCAGAAAUUCUAUGUAUUUUCUGAGUCUGGAUCGCUGUGGGUUUUUUCCAAGUCUUGGAUUACUGUGGUAAUUCUGCUGUGCAGGAUGAUCCCUGAAUAAUUCUGUACAAUGAUGCAGAUAGCAUGACAAUGAAAAGGGCAACACCAAAAAGUUUAAUUCUUUGUGAUCCUUCUCUUUAUGUGACAUGGUGCAUCAUCACAUAUUUGUGGUUUUUUUUUUUUUUUUUUUUGUACAUGCCUGAGAUGUGUGAUUAACAAUGUCUUGUUUAAUAAACUCUUCCUCAGGUAUUCCUCAUGGACCUGUAAACAUGUUUGAUGUGUGUGUUUGUGUGUCAGGACGAGGGUGUUUGUAUUUAAUGUUGAGCAUCAGUACAGGUGGGGAAGUAAAUCUAUCACUCAUAUUAUUUGAAAAAUUGUUGCAAUUUAAUGUACUGUACUUUUUAACUGUCCUGCAUGUAAAAGUGAAAGAUGCUAGUACAUAUGUGCUUUCAUCACUUUCUGUCAGCCAAAAUAUUCUGUUAAUGCAGGGCACAAGUCAGAUCUCCAAGAGAAAAAAUGUUUAACCUUUAAGGUGGAUUUUUACUCCAUGGGACCUAAUGAGGAGCUGAACAAAACAUGUCAAAUCCGUUUAUUUUAAAAGGUUCUUGGGUGUGUUGUCACAAAACUGUUACUGUUCCUGUCGCCCAUGCUCUUGUAACUAAUGUACUCUUGAGAAGAUGUAGAUACGGCAGAUAUUAUGAUCCUUGUCCCAAUCUUACAGCUGGUCAUGAACAAUCUUUCAUUGGCCAUUGGGUGUUAGCUGAUCAUCAACCAUUUCUUAUACUUCUUGUCCAGAUCGGUUUUAGCGGAUUUGACCUAACUUGGUUUUGGGAUUUAUGAGGGGAAUGAAAUUUAAUUUUGUAUAUGUCAAGUGAACUCUUGGGUAACAGAUGUGGUUCAAUAAAGACUUACAGAUAAAAAAUAAAAUUGAAAGAAUUCCAUAAAGAUGGAGGGGUUUUACCAAAACUUUUUUAAAGUAGAAUUGCUGAUUGAAUGGAACUCUUGUUAUGGAGAUAUGAUCCCAGAUGAACAAAGAAGUGGUACAUUAGGGAAAUGGAGGCCUAGCUUUAAACUCUAUAGACAAAGAGACUUUAAAAUAAUUUCAGUAGGUUAUGACAAAAGGGGACUUAAUGCUGAUUUAUUUUAGGGCAUGACUCUUUAAGGCCAGUUGUAUGAAGGGAUGUGAACAAAAUUAAUUGGUUAUCCUUUUGUAAAAAGGUUAAUGGGAGGAUGUUGUCCUUUUGGGGCUUGGGUAAACACCAAGGAGACAUGUGAUUUCAUGAACCCCACUAGUUUCUUGAAAAUUUGUUAUUCUUACACCUGUAGUACCAUAAGCUGAGGCAUAUUUUGAUGUCGGUAUUAGGAAAACUAAAUCUUUGCCAUAUCUAGGUCUUUAUGGGACCAGGAUGAAACUAUGAUAUUGAAAAUCACAGCUGUUGCCUUUGUACUACAAUGUAUUCAACUUGGGAACUGACUUAUUAUUAUAGUAGGUAGUACAUAGACAUUAUUAUUUGUAUCAAUUAUUUGAAAGUAAAACGUCACAGUGUAAAAAUAAUUUAUUGAGAUAGGGCGUUUUGUUGUACAUGUGUCUUAGAAUUCCAGUUUCUUUUCGCUUUCCGUGCACAGUUGUUGAAUCUCAAUCCUACUUUUAAUACCUCAUUUGUUGACCAAAGCUGUGCACACAAUUAAGGUAUGUCAAGUUUUGGAAAGUUCGUUUUCAGUUUCUAAGUGUUCAGCAGUUGAUUCAGAGAAUCAGAAUAUUUCUUUAUAAAUUUGCAGGGAUAUUUAUUUUGUAGCGCUGUUAUAGAAAGGACACACAUUAUAGUACUUGUAUUCCAAUCUAUGCACUGUUUCCUCUAGGUGAUGUUUCAGCUGAACACUUUUACCUACUGGUUAGUUUAGGGUCGUGUUUGUAAAUGUUGACUCUGAAUAUGUUAAUGUUCCUCAGUGGUGUAUUAUUGUUGAAUGUUUUCGACCCUUCCUUAAACCAACCUCGUGGCAAAUUGAGGAGGCGAGGUCCGGAAAGGUACACUGAUCGUUUGAUAAAAAAUCUAUUCAGUAGAGUUCCCUCUCCGAUUUAUCACAGUUGAUAAGGAACAAUUAGCAGGAUUUCUGUCGGUCAUUUUAAAAUUUUCUGUCUUCACUGAUUAACUGCAGUCAAAGUAUGAAUCGAGCAUGUAAACUUCUCUUGCUCAUAACAAGCUCAAAUAAAAUAAGUUUGAAAAAAAGACAUUGCUGUGUUUAUAAAUAACGAACUUUUUUCUUUAUUCUUCAUGAAAGUUUCAGAUUUUCCUUUACAUGAAAUAAUGUUUUGUGGUAUUAGGCUUAACAAGAUUUAAAAGUUAAAAUAUCUUAUUUCACUACUGAACACAUUUAAUUGCAUUUUAUUGUAGGAUUACCUGUUGUUAGCACUUAACUGUAAACAUCUUACUUGGCCCUGAAAGUUUUAAGUAGGAACUGUAUCAGUCAGGAAACCUGUGUGCAAUAAUCAUAUAUAUUCAAAUCCCAGUAUGUAAAUACUUCGUAAAUUAUAUGAAACAUAUAACCCAGCAAAAAAAACAGCUGUAGAAUACUGUCCUUGCCAUAUCUGGAUAUGUUAGGAAAAUGUUUAAAGUGUUGAAAUAUGUGUGAAAAAUGAGAGGAUGGAGUAAGGUGUGGAUUGGGAGUGAGGAGUGGAAUAGAGUUCCCAUGUGUGAUAUACCAGGGUUUAGAUAUGUGGAAAUGUAUGUGAUUUAGGAUUUAAAAUGAUAUGAUGUGGGUGACAUUGAGAAUAUGUUAAAAGUCUGUCAGCAGACAAGUGCUUUGAAGGUUUGGUUGUCUUUCGUUCUGUUGUAAUAAGUAUUAUAAUAUUGCUGGUGUUCAUUCAUCUUAUCAGCUGGGCAACUUGUCACAUGCCACUCUGGUAAGUAUCAGAAUAUUUGUUAUAUUUUUGUCUAGAAUGUAUAUAUAUAUAUAUGUGAUGCCAUCAAUUUGUGGAUUGUGCAUUUGAAAACAACCAAAAAAAGUUAACAAUAAAUUAUGAUCUUUUUUCAGAAAUGAAAAAA